CCUGUGGCCCGGCUCGGUUCGGAUCUGGCGUCGAUUUGGUUCUGAAAAAAGUCAUCGAGUCUCUCGCGAACCGGGUCAGGGUGCAGAUCAGACCGGGAUUAUUGUGGUUGUUGUGGGGUUUUUAAAGUUCGGAAACGAACGGGGCCAAGUCUCUUAAUUAAAUCUGGCUCUGUUGCUGGUUCGUCGUCUCGUUCUGUUCAGAACCGAAUUUUGUUUCAAGGAUCGAAUUGGCGAACUGGGACUGUUGUGAUCCAAGUACCAAUCUGGAUGGAAUGUGGGACCCCCCCCCCCCCCACGUUCGUUGCUAGCACCGUAGAUGACCCCCCCUCACCUCACUCCCCGUGAACCCCCGAGAUUACGACGCGACCCAGGGACCAAAGACUGAGAACCGGGGGCCCAGAACUGCGGCUUAGGGGACCAAGAGACCCCGUCGAGAGAGAGAGAGAAGUGGUGGGGUGGGGGGUAGAGAGAAAGCGCGGGGAGAGACAAAAGAAGCUCGCGGGCACAAAAGCGAAGCAGCAGCAGCGGCGGCAGGAGGAGGGGUAAAGGAAGAGGAGGAGGAAGAGAAGUGAAGGAGGAGGAGCUCGGGGUAGAGGUUUGCGAUUGAACCGAGUGGUAGUGGUGGUGGAGGGGGUGGGUGAAGGUGCAGACAGCAGCCGCCACUACCACAGCCGCCACUACCACAGCAGCCUCAGCCGCCUCGUCCCUGCCAGGCGAGGGAGACCGGGGAACCCCAAGCCAGGGGCACACGGAGAAGACGGACGACCCCGGGCCCCCUUCUGGACGCCUCCUCGUGGCCGCCAGGGCAAAGAUUACUGCGGCGACCCCGGGAGCGAGGGCCUGGCCGCAUCGUCCCCUCCACCACCACCACGUCCACCACGUCCACCACCACCACCUGGGCCACCACCACCCGGGUCAUCCCCUCGCCACCCGCCUCCGCCAUGAGGCUACCGGGCGCCCUGUUGCUGCUGCUGCUCUGCGUCCUGGCCGGAGCCCACGCGGCGAUCGUGUUCACGGAGGAGCCGAUUUCUCAGGACGCGCAGCAUGGCCGCUUUGCCAUCCUGCGCUGCGAGGUGGCCGAGCCCGCCGGCGUCACCUUCUCGUGGCUGCUCGAUGGGCGCCGCUUGCCCGACACGGCGCGCCGCUUCGUCGAGGGCAGCAACCUCCAGUUCAGCGCCGUGGACCGCAAACUCGACGCCGGAGUCUUCGUCUGCGUGGUGCGCGACCCCAGCACCGGCGAGGUGGCGCGCAGCCAGGACGCCUCCCUCAACAUCAAGUGGAUCGAGACGGGCGGCGUGACGCUGGACGACCCCGUCAGCCGGGAGGACAUCAAGGUGUCGUCGUCCAUCAAGCUCCACUGCCACAUCGAGGGGCAUCACCGGCCGCUCUACCAGUGGCUGCGCGACGGCGUGGAGCUGCAGGCCAACGCACGGCUGGUGCUGAGUCGCGACGGCUCGCUCGCGCUGAGCAACGUGAGCGCCGCCGACAAUGGCGCGUACACGUGCUGCGGUCAAAACCUCAUGGGCAGCAUGUGCAGCGUCUCCAACUUCACCCUCGACCUCUACGACGUGUCGGUCCCUCGCUUGGUUGUCCAGCCGGUGGACCAGGUGGUGAGUCGGAACGAGGCGGCCUUCUUCCACUGCCAGUUCACGGCCGACCCGCCCCCCACGCUCACCUGGUACAUCAACGGCGAGCCCAUCACCAACAAGCCCCGGACCACGAUCUUCCCCAACGGCUCGCUGCUCAUCUCGCAAGUGAAGCAGCGCAACGUGGGCGCGUACCGCUGCGUGGCACGGGGGGCGCGUGGGAAGGAGGCCUCCGCCGAGGCCACGCUGGCGCUGGCCUACAUCGGCGAUCUGGUGUCGCUGGAUGCGGUGGCGGUGCAGGAGGGCGCGUCGCGGCGCGUGCAGUGUGGCCCUGUGCCGGGGCAGCCCCCGCCGGCCGUUUGGUGGGAGCGUGACGGCGUGAGGAUCGGCGCGGGCCGUGACGGCGGGGGUCGCGUGCACGUCACCGACGCCGGCGAGCUGCGGCUGGACCCGGCGCGCGCAGGCGAUUCCGGCACGUACCAGUGCGUCGCCGAGAACAAGGCCGGGCGCCGGCAGCAGGAGGUCACCAUCUCCGUGGCGACCGUGCCGGUGUGGGUGAUGCCGCCGGUGGACAGCGCCCUGCAGGAGGGGCAGCCGGGGUUCCUGCACUGCUCCACCAACGCCACGCCAACCCCACACGUCGCUUGGUACAAGAACAACUUCGAUAUCUCAGUGCAGGACGGGCGGUUCGAGGUGUUCCCCAACGGCACGCUGCGGAUCAACGCGGUGGAGGUGUACGACGGCACCGUGUACACCUGCAACAGCAGCACCGCCGCCGGCUCCAUCACCAGGGCGGCGCGUGUGCACGUGCUCGCGAACCUCAAGUUCACGCCGACGCCGCAGCUGCACCAGUGCCUGGAGCUGGGGAAGAGCAGCAGCGUCCACUGCUCGGCUACGGGCCGUGAGCCACCCGUCAUCACGUGGAGCAGACAGGGCCACGGCGCACCGCUACCCCCCGGCGUGGCACAGGAGGCCGGCACGCUUGUCUUCCGGAAGGUGGACGCCUCACACGAGGGCGACUACUCGUGCACCGCCUCCAACUCCAUGCAGGGCGACAUUGAGGCCACCGUCCGGCUGCAGGUUGCCGUGUUCCCGUACUUCAAGAUGGAGCCAGAGAACACGACGGUGUACGCGGGCGACUCGGCCAUGUUUCACUGCCAGGCGCUGGGCGACCCCGAGCCGAGCGCGCAGUGGAAGGUGCGAGGGCACAUCCUCAACUCCAACGAGCCCAUUAACAGGGUGGAGCUGCUGCCCAAUGGCUCGCUGUUGAUCCGGGACGUGCGUAACGAGGACUCGGGCUGGUACACGUGCAUCGCCGGCAACAAGUGCAACAUCAAGCACCACGACGCCUACCUCUACAUUGUCGUGCGCCCACUGACCGUGCCCCCCACGGAAGAAACCCAGGUGUCCCCCUACAAGAUGAUCCAGACGAUCGGGCUGUCGGUGGGGGCGGCCGUUGCCUACAUCAUCAUGGUGCUGGGCCUCAUGCUCUACUGCAAGAAACGGCGCAAGUCUCGCAGCUCCAAGAAGCAGCCGAGCACCGGGGAGCCGGAGACGGAACAUCUCAAUGGAGACCCCCUGCACGAGAACGGGGACGCGGUGGCGGAGCUGAAGGAGGAGGAGAUUGCGCUGACGGCCGGGCCUGGCAAGCGCGCCAGCCUGCACGACCGCCCCACCGUGGCCAAGCAGAGCAUCCAGCGCAUCACGCUGCUCGGCAAGGGUCAGUUCGGCGAAGUUUACCUGGCCAAGGUGGUGGGGCUGACGCUGCCAGCAGCGGGAGGCAAGGAGGAGGAGCACGAUGACGAUGACGAGGAUGCGGCAGCACCGGCGGCGGAGGCGGAGACGGUCGCCAUGGUGAAGGCGCUGGGUUCACGCGACGAGCGCGCCCAGGCCGAGUUCCAGCGCGAGGUGGACCUGUUCGGCAAGGCGAGCCACGUGGCCGUCGCGCGGCUGCUCGCCGUCUGCAAGGAGCCUCUGCAGAUGGUGCUGGAGUACACGGACUUGGGGGAUCUGAAGCAGUACCUGAAGCUGUCCAGAGGCGACGACAAAGAGAUCAAAAUGAAGCCGCUCACCGCCCAGCAGAAGCUGAGCGUGUGUGUGCAGGUGGCGCAGGGCAUGGUGCACCUGUCGAGCCAGCGCCUUGUGCACGGAGACCUGGCCGCGCGCAACUGCCUCGUGUCGUCCGACAACAGCAUCAAGAUCUCCUGCCCCGGCCUCAGCAGGGACGUCUACAGCAGCGAAUACUUUGAGCACCGCCAGGCGCUGAUCCCUCUGCGCUGGAUGGCGCCGGAGGCGGUGGCGGAGGGCGACCUCUCCACAAAGUCGGACGUGUGGGCCGUGGGCGUGCUGCUGUGGGAGGUGUGCACCCUGGGCGAGCUGCCCUACGCCAAGCUCAAGGACGAGGAGGUCUUCCGAGCCGUGCAGUCGGGCUCGCUGAAGCCGCUGUCCACCAAGGCGUGCCCUGCGCACGUGUCCAAGCUCCUGCAGCGCUGCCUGGCGCCCAGCCCGCGCGACCGCCCCUCCUUCCCGGACGUCCUCCACGACCUGAGCAGCGUGCAGCUCGACACCAGCGUCUAGCCGGGCAUGCGGCCGCACCGCCCCUCCGGCCACGCUGCUCCCACUCCCCCUCCGUGUCGGGAGACAGGUGAGAGGAAGCAAAACAAAGUAAUCAAAACAACCCACAGUUAUCUCAUCACGAUGUUUUACUCUUCCUGUACGUGGCGACGGGCGCCACGAGGAAGAAACGGUUCGAGAUAAAACCGUCGAGAUUGAAAAAACACAAACGCAACAAAAACUUGAAAAGAAACUUGUACAAAAACUCUUGCUCCUGAAGGAACGUGUGCGCCGUCGCGAGGACCAUGAGGCCGGGCUGGUCGGCGGAGCGGGCUGCGCGGGCAGGCGCCGAACAGCGUUACGGCUCGACGCCAUGGCGGUCCGUUGUCUCCACGUUCGUGGCUGCUGGGCACUCGUGACGACGCGCGCGUCGCACAACGCCGCGCGCUCGAUGCGGGCGCGUGGCGAACUGGCGGCGCUGCGACGGUGGCGCCACCAUGCAGCUGGAGGGGGGGGCCCCUCUCCUCCUCCUGUUUACAUCUGGCGCGGAAAAUCUACGCUUGAAGUUUGUAUUCAUCGACCCAGCGGCUGUGCUCACCAGCCGGCCUUCCACCACCGCUGUUGCACCGAUAAAACCUUCCUCAACGUUGCCUAAAAACGGUUCACUGCAAACAUGAAAUGAAAACUCUUUUUGUAUGAUUUUAUUUUUUUAAGCUGUAUUGUAGCCUGCACGUGGAAGAGUUGGAAUGUGAGACAGCAUUGAGUUGUAGGGCUCUUUUGUCAAUCCGGUUCACUCUUUCAGCUAAAUGAGGCAUCCUCGUUUGUGACACUGGUACUCACUCACCACCCGCGACACUUGCCCACCAUCUCUCACACUCGCCUGCUAUCUUAAAGACAAAGAUCCCCCGUAUAGCCUUAAUAGACUGUUGGGGCAAGUGCCGUUAGCAUAUGAAGGCCGACACGGUAUACGAGGGGCCGCCUUUAACUCCCCAGUGCUGAUUUUCACCCACCACACCAGAUGAUUAUUUAAGGCUGAGUCGAUCUAGAAGAGGCCCAGGACUGGUUCAUAUUAUCAUCACUGGUAUUGGCCGUGAUCGAGGAUCGAACUCGGGUUGCCGCGUUACCUGCUGCACGACCACUAACCCACUGUCUUAAACGCUCUGCAUCUCACACACACCCACCACCUCACACAAAGAUCCCCCGUAUAGCCUUAACAGACUGUAGGGGCAAGUGCUGUUAGCGAGCACCUAUGAAGGCCGGAACGGUACACGAGGGGGUGGGUGGCCAGCACCACGCCCGACUGCCUUUUUCUCCCCAGUGUCGAUGUUUACACACCGCACCAGGUACUCAUUUGAGGCUGAGUCGACCUAGGGGAGGCCCAGGACCCGUUCAGAUAAUCGUCACUGGUGUUGGCCGUGAAUCAAACCCGGGUCGCUGGGUUUAUAGCGCAGCGUAGCGCUAACCACUACACUACCGCUCCCCACAUUCUCACACCCACCAUCUCGCACUCCCCCACCAUCUCACACUCCCCCACCAUCUCGCACACUCACCGUCUCACACACCCACCAUCUCCUACACUCACCAUCUCACACAAUCGCCCACCAUCUGACACACUUGUCCGCUGCCUUAAAUACUUGCCAUUCCUCACACUCGCCAUCUGACACGCUCAUCCUGAGGCCACAAUGCACUGUGCCCGUGAGCAGAGGCAAUUGCUGGCAUUUUAAACCAAAACACCGCACGGAGGAAUUGUGCUUCUCCCGCAUUGUGUUGGCAGCGCGAUAUCCUCACCGCGAAGAGAUGCAAAACACGCGUCAAAGACUUUAUACCAAGCGUUUUAUGUAGAGCAUGUGUUAAAGUUAGCAGCAUUAUAUUUAAACAGCAGAAUUAAGCUUCUAACACUAAGCAUUGCAACAUCUCAGGCUUUCAGCAUUGCCCUGGCGGUGGAGGCAAUGUGGAAAAUGGGAAACGCAAAGAGACGCCGAGAUUUCUGAGCGUCUGGAGUCUUUAAACCCACCCUUUAUGACGAUUUCCAUUUAUUUUAUGACGUAUAUACAACAACAACAACAAAAAUAGAAAUGUUACUAUUGUUGCUGUACGACGAUUGUACCGCUUGUUGACCCCGAGCGCUGGCUGAUCGGAUGGUGGUGGGUGCCUUGGUUUACGAACUCGCCAGCGAUGCCGUCGAAUCUUUACGAGCGCGUCUGGGCCUGGCGCUGCGUGCGCUGCGCGUUUGGGCUGGCGGGAGUGGGAAGUGUCGUGGUCUGGGCGAGCAGCCAUCGUCUCGUCACCUCGUCGCGCGCGUGAUUGCCUGAGAGGAGUGACCCGGGGCGAGCGAGAGAGAUUCGUGCGAAGUUGUGAUUUUUUACGAUUUUGCCUGGUCUCUCGCGCACCUUAACACGUUAUAUCUGGCGACUGCCUGCUGGCCGGACCCCCCGUGUGACAGAUGGCACCUGAGGCGGCGGUGGCUCUCGCCGACGUCUGCAGGUGCCGUUUCGCUGGCCCAAGCGCGCUCGCUUUCCUGUCUCGAGCCGCGACUCGGGCGAGCGACGAGUCUCGUGUCACCGUGGUAUCGCGAGUGAAUUGGGUGCGAGAGACGUUCACUCUAAUGACACGAGGUCCAAUUCUCAUGGCUGGCGUCGUGCCCCCCCGCAUGCCCUGCCGAGUGGGGCAGCCUGGCCGUGGUGAGAACUGGUAACUUGGUGCUUUGUGGACCUGACUUUGAAUUGAGUGGUCCACCCGUGUGAGGCUUGCUGGUGCGGUGGCGACACCUACAGGAUAGAUGUGGGUUUGUGAUGUCUAUAAACGCGUAUCUGGGCCGGUGAGGCCUCUUGGCUCAGCACGCUGAUGUGGCAUUGAGAGGUGACAAAAACGUGCCUUCUCUCUGUCUUCAUCUUGUAGAGCUCAACAUUUUAGUUUUUUAGUACUGUACUUGUAUAGACUUUUUCUUAAAAUAUGAAUUGUCAAGUUUUUACCAAGUAUGAAGAUAAUCAAAAAGCAUCUUAUGUUCAUGUCAUCAAAAUGUUAACUUUUUAAAUGAUUUAAUACAUCAACGAUGCUUGUCCCUCCCCCCCCCCCCCCCCCCCAUUGCAUCAGCCCUUGCUCCACGCGAUGACUAUGGUACGCUGCGCGGUAUAGUUGUCACGCUCGUUAUGAUAUUACUUUUGUACGGCACACACUACGCAUCAAGGUACGUUAUGCGAUCCAGCAGGCAGGGACACUGUACGCUAUGCGCUCCAAAUAGCAAGUUAAUGCCGUGCACGCAAGGUGGCUGAAGCGAUCGUACCGGGCUGGAUGUCACCGGUGGCAAACGCCGUGGCGCCAGUUUAAAGCAGGCCAGAAAUUCCACCCCGGGCUUUCCAUUCUCAGGUGAUUACGCGUGCAGGUGGAUUCAUUGAGUCACUGGAACGCGAUGGGAAUGGCUUCUUCAUCACCGAUUUGUCCAUGACGCUGGCGCAACGCCGCAGUGCAUGCAGCUUCCCAGGCACAUUGGUCUGGUGGAGACUCGUUAUCUUCAGGUAUAUCUCGAUUCAUCGAUUUAAAAACAAAUUUUGGUAUGCUCACGAUGGAUGUCUAAUCGUCUGUGUGAGAAUCCAUUAUAGUGCCCACAGUACUGUUUGGAUCUAUGUAGCGUCUGAAUGCCGCCACAUUUCGCGACGCUGUACAAAAAUGUUGGGCGUGUUUUGUAGAGAAGGGAGCAAAAGUAAGGUUUGGAGCCUGGAUUUGAACAGGGCGAGGCAAACCACAGCACGGAUUGCUUGCGGAGGGUUAUGGGAUCAGCAGAGUAGAAUGAGCGAACUAGGCACAUUUCAAAUUAUGCAAGUUACGUUUUGUAAAAGGUGAGGUGGAGCGUCUUGCCUCAUCAAACUGCAGCCACUGGACGUCACCGAGUGAGGAACAGUCUGUUAGUCCAGAAAUUGGAGAUUAUAUAAAUGCAUUGGCAAAUUAUUUGAUAAUCCACUCAUUUCAAAUGGUUACCACAUUUCUCUGUUAUUGGUACCGACAAGUUAAAUAUCUGGCCUGGGCUCAUCGACCAAAUGGAAUUAUGGCAAGAAAUUAUACCAACUCCAUGCCCCCCCUCACCUCGGUAAACUUUCAAUGUCUGUGUGGCGCUGGAGGGAGAGAUGAGAAGGAAAACUCGGUGUGUUAGAGAAAGCACAGUCUUUGUUAUUUUUUUUAGCAUGGAAUGGAAGUACUGUUCUGUAGUUUGUUUUAUAAAAAAAAAUGUGUUUGCAUGAAUUUGUCUUGCCAAGGAAACUUGUAAUGUGUUUAAUAACGAGGCCGUGCCUCGCACAAAAAAAAAACUGAAGGAAUAGUGGCAUCGUUGCUAAAAGUUUUUUUUGGGCUGCCAUAUACCUUUUGCAUAGGUGAACAUGAGGGAUGAUGUCGUUUAUGAAGUUCAACUGCAGAAAAUUUCCCGUUUCACAUAUGAAGAGAGGGCAGCUGCCCAAAUAGUUUUGAUAUCCAUGUUUUUAUAAAGUUGCAGUAUUGUUAGCAGUGUAACCCAGAGGGGGACAUAGGGGGGGAAAGAGCUUUUGAAUUCUGAAAACUACUCAAACCUAAAUUUCGAUUUAAAGCUUUCGUGACUGCAGGGAUUCAUCUUCUUUGUUCUUUCGAUAAAGUCACGUAGAAGGGAAGUAAUAAAAUAAUAAAAAGAAAACAUAAUAAAAUAAUUCUCACGACGUUUCGGCCACAACGCAAGCAGCCACGCAUUUCACAAUUAGCACUAUUCGCAUUCCUGCAUUUCCCAUAAAUAUGCUAAAUAUGCUAAAUUCCUCCUCUUCCUCCUCCCUCACAGCUUAAAUAGACACUCCAAGCCUAAGACGUGUCAUUUAGACUCGGUCUUAUCGACAGACAUGUUCUUCACCUGAGGACGGCUUGCUUGCGUUGUGGCCGAAACGUCGUGAGAAUUAUUUUAUUAUGUUUUAUUUUUAUUAUUUUAUUACUUCCCUUCUACGUGACUUUACCGAAAGAAUCAAGAAGACUACUCAAACCGUCCCAAUUCAAUUGCAUGGUGUCUUUCCAUCGCACACACUUCCUGCAAUAGGAAUGUGGAAUUUACACCACUGGUUCAGGCCCGCGUUGAGCAGGAAUACGGCGCGUUGACUUUUUAUUAUUUGGCCCCAUCGCCUUUCCUGACGUGAGCUUGUGCUUUACGUGAACCCCGUGUCUUCAGGACUUGUGAAACUUACGUUCUGUGUCACCAGGAGCAAUUACCACAAGACGUCUCCUGUAAACGGUACUUUGCAGAGUUUCAAAAUGAGAAAAUCAUAGUCAUGUUUACUUUGUACAGUGUCUUCACAAUAUCCACUCUGGAUUUUUAUGUUUAUUAAAACACAUGCUUAAAUCUUCACAGACCUGCGUAGCAUAGCUUGAGAUCAUGUUUUUCUAUUGUAACUUGUUUUAACAAAAUAAAAAAUGAGUAAACACCACUGCGUGAGUGC